GGGGAGCAGUAACGAACCGGAAUCGAUCGUUGGUAGCAGCACACAUGGGGGAUAGCUGGGUGUAAGACGAAAGAAGUUGUUCGGAUGGGCUCAUCGUUGUUGGCGGCGAUGUGAACGGGGUGAUUGGGUCAGACGAACCCUUGAUACACGAUUUUACGAUGGUAUGGUUUACUGGCGGUCUUCCGGACGAUGUUCGAUCCGGCGUUCCUGUCCGUGUACCUCAUCUAGGCCGGACCGGUAGCUCAUCAUUCGAAUCUUUUCUGCACUGGUUGUCUCCAGUCUGCCAGUAUAUUGUUGAAACCGAAGCCAACCUCUAUUGGCGUGCGCGUGCGGUAAUCGGUCAUUUUGCGAUGAAAACCUUUGCCGUAUUAGCAUGGAAAGACUGCGCGAGCCUGAUCGGAAACCUCUACCAUACCUCUUUGUACAUCAAUUAUGUUUCCGUCUGUGUAAAGAUCUUCACGGCUACGUUUUUCAUUGUGGGCAAGAAUGGCCGGUCGGUUGAGAGAGCCAUCACUCUGUUGAAUGAUGAUCAGUUAAGAGCUUACGUGCUAAGGGUUGCAAGGGAGAUGAGGGAAACAAGAUGGAUAACCAGGAUGACAGCGAGAUUGGUGUUGGUGAUGGGCGUCGUAGGGAAAGGCAAAAGAAUCGGAAUCGAGGUAUUACAAUCAAAUACUCACGGGGAAGAAGUUGGUCACGCUUGCGCCUUUACAAAAGAACCCUUGGUUAUCGGGAUGUCAAUCCUCAACAACAAAUCCUAGGCGCAGGGCUUUGAUGGAGUGGAUAGUCACCGCCCGAAGUCGACAAUGUUGCCGCCGCUCUUCUACAACAUCCUGGAAUUCGAC